UCCUGUUCAAGUGAGCACAGCACAACAAGGAUGUAAUGGUUCAAAACCAGAAGAACAAACACAGAUCACAGGGGAUGCAACAAAGAAGGGUUAUGACUCAACUGCAGAGCAAGAAAACCCUUUACAGACAGAAACUCAUCUCAAACUAUUUCCUAAGAAAGAUGCAUCAGCAAGAUCCAGGAAGAAGACUGCAGAGUUCGAUAUAAAUCAAGCACGCUCACAUGAAGUGAAUGUUACUCUGGAUGUGGACACUGCUCACCCUAAACUGAAGAUAGAUGGGAAGUCACUACAGUGGACUAAUGAAUCACCACAGAGAAAAAUCAACGUUGAGAACUGUUUUAAUGAAGAGCCUUUUGUGUUGGGCAAAAUGGGAAGUCCUUUGAAGACUUACUGGGAGGUGAAUGUGAAGGAGAAGGAUGACUGGGUGCUUGGCGUUGCCAAGGCAACGGCUAACAGGAAGGGGCCGUUGGCUUUCAGUCCAAGUAAUGGCUUCUGGGUAAUCAGACUAUCCAAUGGGCAAAGACUUAAAGCCAUGGAGGAUAAAGAACGUGUUCUUGACAAAGGUAUUCCAGAUAAAGUCGGUAUCUAUCUAGAUUAUCAGGAAAGGAAGGUGACUUUCUUUAGUGCAGAAGAAGGUUCACUCAUCUACUCAUUUACCAAUGGACCAAGUUAUCAGCAUGAUGUCCGUCCACUUUUCUCACCCUGGAACAACGAUGCAGAUCCAAUCACAAUUUUGCCCAUCACGGCAACAUAGAAAUACACAAUUCAUCACAUACCCCAUUUGUCAAUAGCUUAUUGUGGUAUAAAGCUAUGUGAAUCAUUUUCGAUUAAGUAAUAUAAAGAAUUGUGGAUUAAUUCAUAUGAUCCUUUGCUGUCAUCUAACCAGGCAUCAACGUUGUGUUCCAUAUUCGUUAUUAAUAUAUUAUACAUUCAUUAUUUCAGUAGUGUAUCAUGUGUGACAUUAAACAUGCAUUUUUGUUUUAAAACAUG